AUGGAUUCAACUAUGGAUGAUGACAGUGGCCAAUCAAAGACCCGUGGUGUCGAUCACUACUCUCUGGGUUACAAAAUUGGUCCAAACGACGAUUUGAUUUGUUCCUCUGGAUUUGAUAAACAUUAUUCGUCGCAACAAUACUGCGUGAAUCACCCACCUAUUCGAGAGACCGGCAUUAUUGAAAAACUUUUGCACUCCUGCGGAUUUAUUCAGUGCUGUAAGAGACAGGCUCGGCUGUUCUUUAACUUUAGCCAAUUUAGCGGUAAUACUGAAAAUAUGAAGAUAGGAGACCCUGUUGAGUUCGAGUUGCAGUAUGACCGUCACACUGGAAAGCCAAUAGUUUCAACGGUGUUAAGAGGAACCCGCGCUGGCGGAGAAAUAAAGGAAAAGGGUGACAAUACUGGAAAAAAAUCGCAUGAUAAUGUUCGUGAAUCGUUUUUACCUGCUAAAGACGACAUUGAGGGUAGUGCUUUGCUUACUGGUGACGCUAUCAGUUUGCAGAAAGCAACAAAUCAGCGAGGUACAUUCGGAGCGUGUCAUUCCUGCCUUCAAAAUCCCGCGCAACCUGGCAAAUAUCACAGACUGGUUGGUUCCAUAAAGGAAAACUUUGAUUUCAUUACCAAAGGGGACCUAGUAUUGAGAGAUGAUGUAGAAUACUUCAUAAAAACUGGAAAAGAACAUUACAAAGAGUGCACCGCUCCACAACCAGAUGAGAAAACUCCACAAGCAGUCAGCAGCUCUACGGAGGUUCCACUGCUCAGCACUGGUCAGUCUCGCGCAAAGAAGUGCGAAAUGUGUGAAAGUACAGAAAUCAGGGAGGAGUUGUUGAAGAGAAAGGUUGAAAGUCACAAGCAAAAGGUUGAAGAACUAAAUAAAAAAAAAAUAGGCUUUUGUGUACGAAGAAUGCAAGAAUAUCAUCAGUUGUUGCCGCACUCUUCAAGCCGUCAGCAGCUCUACGAAGGUUCCACUGCUCAGCACUGUCAGCAGCUCUACGGAGGUUCCACUGCUCAGCACUGGUCAGUCUCGCGCAAAGAAGUGCAAAAUGUGCGAAAGUACAGAAAUCAGGGUUUGCUGGCUACCCAACUUCAUGACGUUCCUGGCGAAAAUGCUGAGUCAACACUGAAAAUGCCAGGGAGUAAUGGUCUAAAUAUCAUGCCAGAAAAAGAGAACGGAUUGAUGGCUACCCCCAACUUCAUGACGUUCCUGGCCAAAAUGCUGUUGAACGCCGAGUCAGUGGUACCACCAGAUGCCUCGUGA